UAAGUGUAUUCAAAUUCUCAAUUCAUGAUUUCUAAAUAUAAAUAAAUUCACGAUAGAUCGUUACAAGGUACAGAAAUAUUAGUCGUUAGCGAGAUUUCAACAGAGCAAAAUGGAAUCGAGUGAUAUGCUUAAUUGUGCUGUGAGAGUGAAGGAGGAAACGAUUGAUGUCUCAUUUCUUGAAAAUGAAUGUGAAAUGAUUGACGAGAAACCCGAUGUUAAAAACAUCCAACUUUUACCAUUUUCGUUGGAAAAUCCAGCUCACAAACUUCGGGAAUAUGACGAAGAUCAAGAAGUUGAUAAAAAUGACGAAAUGGAGAUUGAAUUCGAGUGUGUAGACGUCAAGCUCACUAUGGUUUCAUUAGUACAUAAAAAAUCCGAAGAUUAUUCUCGAAAUUACUUACAGCUUACGAAAUAUAGCAAGGAUUAUCAGAAUGAAAAUAAAAUUAAAGAGGAAACUGUGGCGGAAGUGAAAAAAGAAGUGAAUUUGAAUUUUGAUUAUGAACUCAACGGGAGAAAUGAAAAAAUGAACAACAGCGUAAAGUUAAAAGAUGGACUCGAAAUAAGAACCGAAAAGGUACAUAAUGAUACCACCCAUCCCUGUAAGACAUGUGGUAAGACUUUUGCACGACUUUAUGUUCUCAAACGCCAUAUCAAUUCGGUACAUGAUAAAAUCACUCAUACUUGUGAUAUGUGCAAAAAGAAUUUCUCAAAUAAUGGUAAUCUGAAAAAACAUAUCGACGCGGUGCAUAAUAAAAUCAUUCAUGAAUGUGAUAUUUGCGGAAAGAAAUACUCACGAAAGAGUGACCUCAAAACACACAUUGAUGCGGCGCACAAUGGUAUUGCCCCUAUUUGUAAGACAUGUGGUAAGACAUUUACACGACUAGAUGUUCUCAAACGCCAUAUCAAUUCGGCCCAUAAUAAAAUCAUUCAUGAAUGUGAUAUUUGCGGAAAGAAAUACUCACGAAAGAGUGACCUCAAAACACACAUUGAUGCGGCGCACAAUGGUAUUGCCCCUAUUUGUAAGACAUGUGGUAAGACAUUUGCACGACUGGAUGCUCUCAAACGCCACAUCGAAACGGUACAUGAUAAAAUCACACAUGAAUGUGAUAUUUGCGGAAAGAUAUACUCACAAAAGAGUGAUCUCAAAACACACAUUGAUGUGGCGCACAAUGCUAUGGCCCCUAUUUGUAAGACAUGUGGUAAGACAUUUGCACGACUGGAUGUUCUCAAACGCCAUAUCAAUUCGGUACAUAAUAAAAUCAUUCAUGAAUGUCAUAUUUGCGGAAAGUCUUUUACUCAAAAAAGUUAUGUCAAGAACCACAUCGAUUCGAUACAUAAUAAAAUCAUUCAUGAAUGUAAUAUUUGCGAAAAGAAAUACUCGCAUAAGAAUGAUCUCAAAACACACAUCGAUGUGGAGCACAAUGGUCUUAGAUGUGCAUGUGAUAUUUGCGGCAAGACAUUUUCACUAAAAAGUAUUCUCAUACGCCACAUCAAUUCGGUACAUGACAGAAUUACUCAUGAAUGUGACAUUUGCGGAAAGAAGUACUCAGAUAAGAGUACUCUCAAGAAACACAUCGAUUCAGUGCACAAUGGUGUUAGACAUGCAUGUGAUAUUUGCGGAAAGUCUUUUACUCAAAAAAUUUAUGUCAAGAACCACAUCGAUUCGAUACAUAAUAAAAUCAUUCAUGAAUGUAAUAUUUGCGAAAAGAAAUACUCGCAUAAGAAUGAUCUCAAAACACACAUCGAUGUGGAGCACAAUGGUCUUAGAUGUGCAUGAGAUAUUUGCGGCAAGACAUUUUCACUAAAAAGUAUUCUCAUACGCCACAUCAAUUCGGUACAUGACAGAAUUACUCAUGAAUGUGAUAUUUGAUGAAAGAAAUUCUUAUAUAAGAAAAAUCUCAACAGGCACAUUGAUUCGGUACAUGAUAAAGUCUUGUAGAUAGAGGAAAAACGAUAAGACGAUAGGGUGAUUGCAAAAGGCGCUUCGAAUCAAUUCAUGACUAACCACCAUCAUGAAUGUUCAUCGAUGGUAUCAGACAUGCAUACGAGAUAUGCAGAAAAAUAUUUACAAAAAAAUCUUUUAGAAACUUCACAUUAAUAUGGUGAAUCAUGCACGAUUCAAAUCAAAAAAAGUAUAAAUUUUGUAUUCAAUUGUGUAAAAAAGCCAUGUACGAUAUAUUGUAUCAGUAAAAGACUAAUGUCGAGUCUUUAAUUCUAAACAGAGCUAAAAAAAUGUUGGUACCUCAAUCGAUUGUGAGCAAGUCAGCAUGAUGAUUCAAAGCUUUACUUGAUAAAAUAAAGUUCUUUUCAUUAACUUUA